UGUAAUCUUAACAUUAGAUUUUCGAAAACAGAAAUUAGAAGCCUACAAAUUGGCAUUUGCAGAAUAUCUGAAUUGUAUAUUCGACUGACCGAUUCGAUUAUUAUUUAAAUUAUUUCUUUUAAUUUUUUUGACAUGGACGUCCCUUGUUAGUUUCGUUCAGUUUAUUUAUCAGAAUAUGACCUUAAUAUUCAAGCUGUUUUUUUCGAAUUAUAAACGUUUCACAAUAUUAUUUGCUUUAAUUGGAACUCGAAUUUUAUUUGCUCCGUAGCAGUCAACACAAGACUUCACGUCAAAAUAAGUCAGUUCUUUCGAAAAAAUUGAGUUCAGCGUUUGCUAUUAUCCAGAAUAAUUUUUUAACAGAAAUCUGUCUUGCCAAUGUCCAAAUUCAUCAUGACUGGCUCAUUUAUUCCAUCAAUUGCAAAAAAUGCAAAAAUAUUGAGACUUUGUAAAAAGAAUAUGCACUCAAAUGCGGUGCAACCGAAAAUCACAACUCAUUAUACUGUUCAUCCGCGGGAAAAUGAUCCGAGGUGGAAAGAUAUCAAUAUGGAAAGAUACGUUGAUGAGACCGAUAUAUUAAUAGUUGGUGGGGGCCCAGGAGGUUUAAGCGCAGCAAUUCAAGCUCAAAAACUUGCUCAAGAGCACGGUGAAAACUUGCGUGUAACUCUUGUGGAAAAAUCAGCUUCCAUUGGGGAUCACAUUCUGAGUGGUGCUUGCAUAGAUCCCAUAGCGUUACAAGAACUUUUUCCUAAUUGGAAAGAACUUGAAGCUCCUUUACAUACGCCAGUUACAGUUGAUAAAUUUGGAUAUUUAACUGAGAACAAAAGAUUUUCGAUACCAAUAUUUAAGAGUAUGCCAUUGUACAAUCAUGGAAAUUAUGUCGUCAGACUUGGACAUGUUGUAUCCUGGCUUGGGAAACAAGCUGAGGCAGCUGGAGUUGAAAUAUACCCAGGAUAUGGUGCUUCUGAAAUUUUGUAUCACGAAGAUGGAUCUGUAAAAGGAAUUGCAACUAGUGACGUUGGAGUAGCUAAAGAUGGUUCUCCGAAAGAUAGUUUUGAGCGAGGGAUGGAAUUGCAUGCCAAGUGCACUAUAUUUGCCGAGGGCUGUCAUGGUCACUUAACAAAACAGAUAGUCAAAAGGUUUAAUUUGAGGCAAAAUUCUGAAAACCAAUCAUACGGUAUCGGAUUAAAAGAGAUCUGGGAAAUUGAUCCAGCGAAUCAUCAUCCGGGAACGGUUGAACAUACAAUUGGUUGGCCUCUAGAUAAGAAUACCUAUGGUGGUUCAUUUUUGUACCAUUUGAACGAAGAUUCGCCACUCAUAGCAAUAGGUUUCGUCGUUGGUUUAGAUUAUUCAAAUCCAUACCUUAGCCCUUUCCGAGAAUUUCAACGUUUCAAACAUCAUCCUUCUAUAAAAUCAACUCUUCAGAACGGUAAAAGAAUUGCUUACGGUGCAAGGGCUCUCACCGAGGGAGGUCUCCAAUCUUUGCCAAAGCUUACCUUCCCAGGUGGUUGUCUUAUCGGUUGUGCUGCAGGAUUUCUAAAUGUACCCAAAAUUAAGGGUACCCAUUACGCAAUGAAAAGUGGAAUGUUAGCGGCAGAAAGCGUAAUCGAAUCUAUCAUCGAAAGUAAAAACGCGGAAAGUAAAACUAAAGGAGUUGAACCAAUUUCGUAUGCUGACAAGAUAAAAGAUAGUUGGAUAUAUAAGGAUUUGAAAGCUGUCAGAAACAUAAGACCAAGUUUCCACACGAGUCUGGGUUUGUACGGAGGUAUAAUAUAUUCAGGAUUUUCAAUGCUAGUGAAAGGAAAAGAACCAUGGACCCUAUCGCACGGAGGUCCUGACCAUGCUAAGUUGAAACCAGCAAGUGAAUCAAAGCCUAUCGACUAUCCUAAACCAGAUAAUGUGAUUUCUUUUGAUUUGUUAUCUUCAGUCGCUCUUACUGGUACAAACCAUGAAGCUGAUCAACCACCACAUUUGACACUAUUGGACGAUAGUGUACCAGUUAACACUAACCUUGCUGUUUAUGAUGGUCCCGAACAAAGGUUUUGUCCAGCUGGUGUAUAUGAGUACGUGCCCACAGAAAAUGACAGUGGACGCCAAUUACAAAUAAAUGCGCAAAACUGUAUCCAUUGCAAGACUUGUGACAUCAAAGAUCCGACUCAAAACAUAAAUUGGGUGGUUCCAGAAAAUGGUGGUCCAGCCUACAAUGGAAUGUAAAGAAUAUAUAGAAUAUAUUUUUUAUAUUAAAUUUUUUAGUUAUUUUGUAUAAUAUAUUAUUGUUGAUCGAU